CGAAAUGCCACCAUAGCCUGUCCUCGAUUCCCCACGGCGUAGCUCCUAUAACACGUGCAGUGCAGCCGCGUACGUAGCGCGCGCAUGCCUCUUCCGUCCUCAGCGAUGACGAAGGAACACGCCGGCGGCGGCAAGCAGGACCAGCGAGUGGCGGCCGAGAGGCGAGCACGGCGGAAGCUGUCGCUCUCCGUCCCCAUCCUUCCGAUCGUCAUGUUCAUCGUCGCGUCAUGCGCGCUCUUCUUGUUCACGGCCGACUUCUUGGCGCUCCCGCGCAUCCGCAUCGACUACCCCCGCCUCGAUGGCGCCCGUGACGCUCCGGCCACGAACGAGCCGCCUGUUCCCAGCGAGAGCGAGGAGCAGCCGCUGCGCCAGCUGACCGACCGGCCGUACUCGCUCGGCCCGAACGUGUCCGACUACGACGCCCGCAGGGCGGCCUGGCUGGCGGCGCACCCUCGGUUCCCGGCCAUGGUCGCGCCGGAGCGGCCUCGGGUGCUCAUGGUCACCGGAUCGUCGCCGCGCCGGUGCAAGGAGGCGGAGGGCGACCACGUGCUCCUCCGCGCGUUCAAGAACAAGGCGGACUACUGCCGCGUGCACGGGCUCGACAUCUUCUACAGCAACGCGGUGCUGGACGGGGAGAUGACGGGGUUCUGGACGAAGCUGCCGCUGCUGCGCGCGCUGAUGGUGGCGCACCCGGAGGCGGAGCUGCUCUGGUGGGUGGACUCGGACGCCGUGUUCACCGACAUGCUGUUCGAGCCGCCGUGGGGCAGGUACGCGGGCCACAACCUGGUGCUCCACGGCCGGGACGACGAGGUGUACGGCGCCAGGAGCUGGCUCGGCGCCAACACCGGCAGCUUCGUGCUCCGGAACUGCCGGUGGUCGCUGGACCUCCUGGAAGCGUGGGCGCGCAUGGGGCCGCGCGGCCCGGUGCGCGACCGGUACGGGAGGGUGUUCGCGGCGGCGCUGUCGGACCGGGCGCCCUGGGAGGCCGACGACCAGUCGGCGCUCGUGUACCUGCUGGUGACGGAGCGCGGCCGGUGGGGGGGCAAGGUGUUCCUGGAGAGCUCCUACCACCUGCACGGCUUCUGGGAGGAGAUCGUCGGCCGGUACGAGGAGAUGCGGAGCAGGUGGCGGCCGGGGCUCGGCGACGAGCGGUGGCCGCUCGUGACGCACUUCGUCGGGUGCAAGCCGUGCGGGGAGCCGGGCGCGACCUAUGAUGCCGUGGCGUGCCGGGAGGGCAUGGAGCGCGCGCUCAACUUCGCCGACGACCAGAUACUCGGCCUCUACGGGUUCCAGCACGAGUCGCUCGGAACCAUGGCCGUGCGGCGCGUCAGGAACGACACCGGACGGCCGCUGGACGCCGGCGACGAGGAGAUCGGCUUGCUCCUGCACCCAGAGAUCAGGGCCGCCGCCAACCAAUUGUGAUCAACUAGCUAGAUCCUCCGGUUGCUUUGGGUGUCAACGUGCAGUGCGGACAUACAUCGGAGAACGCAGCACUUCCUAUUUUACACACAAGAAUUUCUCUGUGACUUGGGGAGCAUCUAUGGCUCAUGCUCUUCUUUUUUAUUUUCGUUUCAAUCGCUUUUCACCUGAACAGUAUGAUUUACAUCCAACGAUCAACUAGAUCAUCAUCAUGAUGUAUAUAUAUGUGCUUUGCAUUAACACGCAUAUUUGAAUUCA